GUAGAAAUGAGAAUUCGAGAAUUCAUGUUGAACUAAAAUACAUUGCAAAAUCCACUGGAUACCUCAAAGCUUUGGAUAGUGACGGGCUCGGGCCCCUCAAGCGCCUAUAAUUAUGGUGACCGCCGAGCAGCAAAAGCUCGCCUCUCGUAAGCUAACUCACUGGCUCGAGAGCGAGAAGAGGAUCGUGACAUUUCGAGAGCUUUCAAGGGAGGUUGGAUGUCAUGUGAAUGGGGCGAAGAACCUCCUUCUGGACUACUUUGAAUCUCAUCCUUCUAUUUCUCCCACUUACCUCUUGACUGGAGACCUAUUAUCGACCUCGAAGUUAGCAACGAACACCCUUCCUGAAGAUAGAGAACAGGUCACAGCGACUCAACGAGUGAGGAUAGUUGAUAUGGAUGAAAUGUCCGAUGCGGAUCGGAAUUCAGAAGACGGUGUUGGGGAUGCGGAUGGGGAUGAUCCUGACAAGAUGGAUACGGAUGACAGGAUGGGGAAUGAUCAUGGGGAUGAAGAGGGAGGUAUAAGUGGAACAGGUACCAAGUCGGGUUUGAUCAAGGAUGCGAGAGACGACGAGGCCAUCGUCUCGGAAGAAGUCAAGCGGUGGGGAGUGGUGUUGGUACAUGCGGAUGAACUGGAUGAGAAAAAGAAGCUGUUCGAUUCGGAAACUCUCAACAUUCAUAUCUAUGCUCUAUCACCUCGUCUAGUCAAGGACCCAGCUCAGUAUCUCAUCCCUAAUCUCGCUCUUCGAUCUCAUGCUUCUUACUUCAAACCCGAGGUCUACGGGACGAUCUCAGGCCCGCCCUUGAUAUCGUUGGAUGUGAAACCCGCGGCCAAGCCAAUGAAGGACGGUGCCAUGGACUUUGGAGGAGGGAAAAAGGAGUCAAAAGUGGACAACAAGCCGGUCAAAGAGGAUAAGAAGGAAACCGUCAAAGUCAAGACUGAGGACAAGCCGAAGCCUACUGCUCAACCGCCGACUAAAGCGAAACCCGCCCCUGCACCCGCCACUAUGAGCCAAUCGCUCAAAAGCGCAAAGAAGAACAAACGUAUAAUCACGUCCGACAAUGAAGAGGAAGAAGAACCUGUUGAAGAGCCUGCCGCACCGCCGGCGAGUAGUAGCUUUAAAUCCGUCAAAGUGGAGACUACAUCGUCUCAAGCUCGUGCUGCCGAUGCGGCCGCCAUGGAAGCCAUGAUGAGUAUGGACAUGGACUUUGAUAUGGAAGAGGAUGAAAAGGUGGAGCAAGCUCAAGGCGAGUCGAGCUCGAGUAAGGUCAAAGAGAGCGAAGACAAGGAAGGGAAGAAGGGCAGGGUAUCAGGAGUCAAGCGGAAGAGGCGGGUCAAGAGGUCUAUACAGACUACGGAUGCAAAGGGGUAUAUCAUCACCACGGAUCAUUGGUCUGAGACGGAUGGAUCUGGACCUGAUGAUGAGGACGAUGAAGAGUCUGGUAAAUCUGCUUCGGCGAUCAGCAAGAAGACUGCGGCCGCUUCAGGUACCAGUGGCAAGAAUGGCAGCAACAGCAACAUGUCAAGAGGAUCUUCAACAUCCGGCGACAUUGGUAGUGCUGCUCCGAAAAAGAGUUCAGGGGCGGCUGCGCCUAGACCACCCCCCAAUAAGGCCGCGGGUGGUGGUUCAACUGCGAAGAAAGCUGGAGCAGGUGGUCAGAGCACCCUCUCUGGAUUCUUCAAGAAAAAGUAGUAUUCACAACCUGUGCUGUCGUGAUGGAAGAGGGGCAAUUUUACUCGUGUUGUAUGCAUCGGGGCUGAGCCGCAG